UGGUGACCAAAAAAAGACUCAACUUGUUGCACAUAAUGAAAUGGAGAGUGGUGGUAAUUUUAGCCUUGUGUCUUUAGUGAAAUGCUUCAAUGGGUGCAAAGAUCAAGCUCAAGUCUCUAGUUUUGGAACAAGGAUUUGGAAUUUUAGUGAUAAAUCAAUUGAAUUGCAAAUAAGGGUUGGUUCAAUCUUGAAGAAAGUUCAUACAUUGAAACCAGGAUCAUCAAAGAGGCUAAAUUCCAAGAAAAUUUACAAGGCUUAUAUGCCUAGUAAUAAUAAUUAUUAUAAAGGUGGAGUUAAGAGUUUACUUUAUUAUUAUGAUGAAUCUUGCCACCCUUAUAUUUGGAUUAAUGAUACUGGUUGUGAUUUUUCAAGAAUGGUGAAACAACAAUACAUAAGUCUUGAAGAUUUGAGGGAUUGUUCUGAGCUUAAAAUAUUUAGAGAUCAUCAAAGAGGUUGCAUUUCUGUUAGGAAGAAACCAAGAACAGAACUUUGUUGAUUAAGUUCUU